AUGUUACCCCUUAUAGCCCUCCUACCCAUCGGAGGCUUGGCAGCCGCAGACAUCUCACCCUUCGAAAAGGCCGACAUCCUCACAGACUGCCUUACCCAGUCCAGCGUGCCCUGGAACACUCGCGGAUCCAACGACUGGAAACUGGAUGCCGCUCCAUACAAUCUCCGACCAAAUUUCACACCAGUCGCCAUCGCCGUUCCCACCACCGUCAAAAACAUCCAAGAUGCGGUAGUCUGUGCCUCCAAAAUAGGGGUAAAAGCCAACGCCAAGUGCGGCGGGCACAGCUAUGGCUCGUUCGGGCUCGGAGGAGAAGAUGGUCAUCUUACCAUCGAGCUGGACAGGAUGAACAAGGUCGUGCUAGACAAUACCAUCGGCAUAGCAACAGUAGAAGGAGGGUCGCGGCUGGGACACGUUGCGUCUGAGCUCUACAGCCAAGGGAAAUGGGCGUUCAGCCAUAGGACUUGUCCAGGCGUCGGCGUAGGCGGCCACGUCCUCCACGGCGGCUACGGCGUCUCCUCUCACACGCACGGCCUCGCCUCCGACUGGCUCGACUCCGCCACCUUAGUCCUCGCCAACUCUUCCGUCGUCACCUGCUCGUCCACCCAAAACCCCGAUCUCUUCUGGGCCAUUCGCGGGGCAGGCGGUUCCCUGGGCAUCGUCACCGAGUUCCGCUUCAAGACUUUUGCCGUGCCUGAACGAGUAACUUUCUUCAUCGCCCAAGCGCCGUGGAAGACGGAGCAGCAGGCUCGGGAGGGGAUGGCAGCUUUUCAGGAUUUGGAGUUGAAUAUGAGGUUGUUUAUCACUAAUCGGUUUGUCAAUUUUGAGGGGUUGUUUUAUGGGGAUAAGAGUGGUUUGCAGGGGGUGUUGGGGCCGUUGUUGAAGGUCACGAAUGCGAGUUUGGUGAUGGCGCAGCAGGGGGGUUGGUUAGAUCAGGUGAAGCAUUUUGGGAAUGGAGUUAGUUUGGAUCAGGGACAUCCUUAUAGUAUGCACGAAACCUUCUACUCCUCCUCCCUCUACACCCACCCCCUCACCCCCUCCCAACUCUCCGCCUUCACAUCCUACUGGUUCACUCACGCCAAAUCCAACAAGCGGGACUGGUACGUGCAAAUCGACGUGCACGGCGGACCGACCUCGGCCGUCACCGUUCCCGACGUGGACUCCACCGCUUACGCCCAUCGGAACUACCUGUUUAUGUUCCUGUUCUACGACCGUGUGGAUAAGGUGGUGUAUCCGGCUGAAGGCUUUGCGGCGAUUCAGAACUUUGUGGGCAAUGUCACGGAUAAGAUUCCGGUGGAGGAGUGGGGGAUGUAUGUCAAUUAUCCGGAUCCGCAGAUGGAGAGGGAGGCGGCGCAGAGGAAUUAUUGGGGGAAGCACUUGGAGAGGUUGAGGAUUGUUAAGGGGGCGGUAGAUCCGGGGAUUUGUUUAGUUAUCCGCAGGGGGUUGUGCCGGCUGUAUAGAGGUAAGUGA